GAAGCAGCAGCAGCGUCAGGGCCAGGCCCCUCAGCCGGCCGGGCUGGGAUUUGCAGGGCCUCCUUCCUUGCUGCAGCCAGGCGCCUGCCUCUCUCCCUUUCUCCUUCUCCUUCUCCUCCUCCAGCAGCAGCAGCAGCCUCCCAGCUGAGAAGAUGGCGGCCCACAGCCUCCUGGCCCGCUGCUUCCCCCGCCGAAGGCCCCUGCAGCUUCUCCUCCAGGCCCAGGCCCAGGCCAAGAAUUGUGGCUGCUAUUUUUCCACCAGCAGUUGUCACAACACCAAAUUCUAUACUGAUCCAGUGGAAGCUGUGAAAGACAUACCUAAUGGGUCCACUCUCCUUGUUGGUGGUUUUGGUCUCUGUGGAAUUCCCGAAAACCUCAUAGGUGCUCUGUUGAAGACUGGCAUAAAAGGGAUAACUGCUGUCAGUAACAAUGCAGGGGUAGAUAAUUUUGGUCUUGGACUCCUACUUCAAACCAAACAAAUAAAGCGCAUGGUGUCUUCCUACGUUGGAGAGAAUGCAGAAUUUGAGCGUCAAUAUUUAUCCGGAGAAUUGGAAGUUGAGCUUACACCACAAGGCACUCUUGCUGAGCGGAUUCGAGCAGGAGGAGCAGGGAUCCCAGCUUUUUUCACCAGCACAGGAUAUGGAACUUUAGUACAGCAAGGAGGAGCUCCAAUCAAAUACAAUAGUGAUGGCACUGUUGCCCUUGCCAGUGAGCCAAGAGAGGUGAGGGAAUUUGAUGGUCGACACUAUAUUAUGGAGAAGUCAAUAACAGGAGAUUUUGCACUAGUGAAGGCAUGGAAAUCUGAUCGUGCUGGAAAUAUUAUAUUCAGGAAAACUGCAAGAAAUUUUAACCAGCCCAUGUGCAAAGCUGCCAGAACCACUGUGGUAGAGGUAGAAGAAAUCGUUGAUGUAGGGUCAUUUGCCCCAGAAGAUAUUCAUGUCCCUAAGAUCUAUGUCCAUCGCCUCAUCCAAGGAGAAAAGUAUGAAAAAAGAAUUGAGCGAUUAUCUCUCCGCAAAGCUGAAGAUACCCAGAGCAAGCAAAAGAAAGGUGGUGAUAAUGUCAGAGAGAGAAUCAUCAGGCGAGCAGCUCUUGAAUUUGAGGAUGGCAUGUAUGCUAACCUUGGCAUUGGCAUUCCACUGCUUGCCAGCAACUUCAUUAGUCCAGAUAUAACAGUACACCUGCAGAGUGAAAAUGGAGUCCUUGGUUUGGGACCAUAUCCAACUGAAAAAGAAGUUGACCCUGAUCUCAUCAAUGCAGGCAAAGAGACAGUCACUGUGCUUCCAGGAGCUGCCUACUUCUCAAGUGAUGAAUCUUUUGCAAUGAUUCGAGGGGGGCAUGUUGACUUGACUAUGCUUGGAGCUAUGCAGGUGUCUAAAUAUGGUGAUCUAGCCAACUGGAUGAUUCCUGGUAAAAUGGUAAAAGGAAUGGGAGGUGCCAUGGACCUGGUCUCCAGCUCAAGAACUAAAGUGGUUGUCACCAUGGAACACUCAGCAAAGGGCAAUGCCCACAAAAUUUUGGAAACUUGCAGUUUACCACUGACUGGGAAACAGUGUGUAGAUCGCAUCAUAACAGAAAAGGCUGUUUUUGAUGUUGACAAGAAGAAGGGACUCACUCUCAUUGAAAUCUGGGAAGGGCUGUCAGUGGAUGAAAUCAAGAAAAGCACUGGUGCUGAAUUCACUGUUUCACCAACCUGGCACCAAUGAAGCAGAUUUCAACCUGAGAAGUAGACGGAUUUAUCUUCUAUGCAUCCACUGAAGGGGAACAAAUAUCUGUUUUGCAAUGAUGCAUUUUUAAGAGGUC